UAGUAGUAGUAGUAGUAGUAGUAGUAGUAGUAGUAGUAGUAGUAGUAGUAGUAGUAGUAGUAGUAGUAGUAGUAGUAGUAGUAGUAGUAGUAGUAGUAGUAGUAGUAGUAGUAGUAGUAGUAGUAGUAGUAGUAGUAGUAGUAGUAGUAGUAGUAGUAGUAGUAGUAGUAGUAGUAGUAGUAGUAGUAGUAGUAGUAGUAGUAGUAGUAGUAGUAGUAGUAGUAGUAGUAGUAGUAGUAGUAGUAGUAGUAGUAGUAGUAGUAGUAGUAGUAGUAGUAGUAGUAGUAGUAGUAGUAGUAGUAGUAGUAGUAGUAGUAGUAGUAGUAGUAGUAGUAGUAGUAGUAGUAGUAGUAGUAGUAGUAGUAGUAGUAGUAGUAGUAGUAGUAGUAGUAGUAGUAGUAGUAGUAGUAGUAGUAGUAGUAGUAGUAGUAGUAGUAGUAGUAGUAGUAGUAGUAGUAGUAGUAGUAGUAGUAGUAGUAGUAGUAGUAGUAGUAGUAGUAGUAGUAGUAGUAGUAGUAGUAGUAGUAGUAGUAGUAGUAGUAGUAGUAGUAGUAGUAGUAGUAGUAGUAGUAGUAGUAGUAGUAGUAGUAGUAGUAGUAGUAGUAGUAGUAGUAGUAGUAGUAGUAGUAGUAGUAGUAGUAGUAGUAGUAGUAGUAGUAGUAGUAGUAGUAGUAGUAGUAGUAGUAGUAGUAGUAGUAGUAGUAGUAGUAGUAGUAGUAGUAGUAGUAGUAGUAGUAGUAGUAGUAGUAGUAGUAGUAGUAGUAGUAGUAGUAGUAGUAGUAGUAGUAGUAGUAGUAGUAGUAGUAGUAGUAGUAGUAGUAGUAGUAGUAGUAGUAGUAGUAGUAGUAGUAGUAGUAGUAGUAGUAGUAGUAGUAGUAGUAGUAGUAGUAGUAGUAGUAGUAGUAGUAGUAGUAGUAGUAGUAGUAGUAGUAGUAGUAGUAGUAGUAGUAGUAGUAGUAGUAGUAGUAGUAGUAGUAGUAGUAGUAGUAGUAGUAGUAGUAGUAGUAGUAGUAGUAGUAGUAGUAGUAGUAGUAGUAGUAGUAGUAGUAGUAGUAGUAGUAGUAGUAGUAGUAGUAGUAGUAGUAGUAGUAGUAGUAGUAGUAGUAGUAAUUAA